UACCUGCUACAACGAAAGGAGGGCGUCCCCAUUAUUUUUUUGUGAACAAAUGUGCAAUGCAUUUUCCGAACUGAGAUGCAGCAAUACGAAGCGUCUAGUCUGCCGGGAAACCACACGAAGAAGAAGAAGAAGAAGAAGUAGUAGAAGAAGAAGAAGGAGGAGGAGGAGGAGGAUGAUGAGGGCGCGAGCGCGAGUCAAAGAAGCGGUGGGGCAAUUUAUCAAGAUAACCUGACUUUCAGUUCGCCAAUGGGACAUUUCAACAUCCCUCUUAAAUUCACUGCACCCUAGUCGCCAGUGUGGAUGAGGGAAACAUGCAGACCAUAAAGUGUGUGGUGGUGGGCGAUGGUGCCGUGGGUAAGACUUGUCUUCUAAUCUCCUACACCACAAACGCCUUCCCAGAGGAGUACAUCCCCACCGUGUUCGACAACUACAGCGCCCAGAUAAGUGUGGACGGCCGCGCCAUCAGCCUCAACCUGUGGGACACGGCUGGCCAAGAGGAGUACGACCGCCUGCGCACCCUCUCCUACCCCCAGACCAAUGUCUUCAUCAUCUGUUUCUCCAUCGGCAGCCCCUCCUCUCAUGCCAAUGUACGACACAAGUGGCACCCAGAGGUAUCCCACCACUGUCCUGGAGUUCCAGUGCUGCUGGUGGGCACCAAGAAGGAUCUGCGUGGAGAUGUGGAGGCAGUGAAGAAGUUGAAGGAGCACGGCCUGGCCCCCACCAACCAACAGCAAGGCAAUGCCUUAGCCAAGCAGAUCGGCGCCGUCAAAUACCUGGAGUGCUCAGCUCUGAUGCAGGACGGUGUGAGGGAGGUGUUUGAAGAGGCCGUGCGAGCUGUGCUCUACCCCAUUACCAAGAAAAAUGGCAAGAAGUGUGUUGUGUUAUAACUAUGUGCCUAGACUGUAGGGGGACUGGGGGAAGAGACACGAUUGGCGCUGCCAUUUUGGCUCCCAAUAUGCCUUCCAUGUUCUAACCCUCACCACUUGUUAGCAUUGCCUGGCUUCAAUAUUAAUUGAUUGUUUGUCAAGAGGUCCUCUACACUAAGAUGUGGUUUUAAUUGAUGCCAACAACCUUCGUAUGGAUUCUUUUUUUGUAUCUCUGAAAUCAAAACUACAGCGACGAUGCUAAAGGAUUUCAAUUGUGCCUUCUCAGCAACUUGCUGCCUUGUCCUCACUGGCUGUAUGUUUAAGAAGAUUACAAUUGAUUUGACACCUUUGCUUUUCUCCUUCGUCAGGCCAGUCUUGUAAUGUGUUGGUCUUUUUCUGUGAGCUUUGCCCAUGUUUUCAUCUGAUGUGAUUCAUAGGAAUGUUGUGUCAAUCAGUAGCCACUGUGUUAAACAUUAUUCAUCCCUCUGUGCCAUUACAGUAAUAGUUGUAGUGUGGAUUGUCAAUAAGAUAGUUUGCCUUUAACGUGGUUCAUAAGCCAGGGUCACAGGAUAUCUGCCGAACUAGCCUUGCAGGUCUGAGACAAGCAAGGGUGUAUGUAUGACACUGUCACCCUGAACACAUGCACACUUUGAUUAGAAUAGUCUCUCCUAUUGCUCUGUUACUCACACUCUCUCUUACUCUGUAAAACCAUGAGCUUGCCAUUCCGCACAAUGCUUUGUCAAAACAAAGUUCUGAUUGUGUCAGAGUGAAUACAGAUUUGGGUAGCUGCUAAGUAAACAUUCAUCUUUAGGGCAUCUGUUAUUUUUGUAUUGCUGGUGGGACAAGUCAGGAAGCAAUAACAAUAAUUUGAGUUUAGUGAUUACCCCCCCCCAGUCUAACUCUGUCAGCUGACCUGCUUAUGGGUAGUCUUUUUUUGUCUGAAGGCAAACAGAAAACACAAGUAAACUGCAUUCUAUGUUCUAUUGUAACUAACUGAAAUCGGUGCUGAAUAAUGCUACACAUUAGGAUGUCAAAAAAGUUGUUUAGCGUUAAUGAGGAACGCUAAACAAUGAGGAACGCGUGUUGAAGGUACCACAUAUCAGCAGUAAUGAUGCUCAUUCCUUGUUAACUUAACUUAUCUAAGUGUAAUGGCAAGUAUGUAUGGCUAAUACUGCAACAGGAGCUGCAAUCCUAACAGUUACUUGUGUUGCAUGGGCUGCAUGAACAUGCUUGUUGGAGAGUGGAGGAGAUAGGCCUACAUUUUUACCCAAACCACUCUAGCAGGAUUUUUUUCAGUGUCUGGUGGUAUUAUUGGUAUGAAUGGUUCUGUCGUUUGCCUUGCCCCUUUGUGAUGUCAUAUGGGAUCUGUAAUGAGUUGGUGUGCAGCUUCUGUAAUUAAGGGCCACAGGGUCAGCUGGUUUUUCCCAUCAGACCGCACCACUAAAUUGAAUGUGAAGUAUUGCAUUUUAGGUAUAAUUCAUUGUAAAUUUGCUGACUGGACAAUACAUGUGGUGGAAACCUGCAGAGUCUGUAGCACUUGAGAACUGAAGUUGCACUUCCUCUGUGUGGAAGUCUUUGCCUUCUCAAAAAGAUGGAAUGAAUUCCACCCCAACACUGACUGAUAACAGAUUGGUUCUGGUGGAAUGUAAUAGUUUUUUUUUUGUUAACCAGUAACCUAUGACAUGUACAUCUAAUUGCCAAAAUAAAGGAAACACUUGAGUAAAUGAGGAAUAAAACUAUAUUGAAAGCAUGUUCUGCCACACAGGUGUGAUUCCUGAGUUUAUUAAGCAAUAAACAUCCCAUCAUGCUUAAGGUCAUGUGUAAAAAUGCCCAGUUGCCUGUUAUUUUGGCAACCAUGGCUAGAAGAGAUCUGUUACUUUGAAAGAGGGGUCUCAAAUGAGCAUGGGGAUUUAAAGGAUGUGUGUGUGUGUGUGUGUGUCAGUCACCAGAUCUCAACCCAAUUGAACACAUGGGAGAUACUGGAGCGGUGCCUGAGACCGCAUUUUCCAUCAACAUCAACGAAACACCAAAUUAUGGAAUUUCUCAUGUAAGAAUGGUGUCUAAUAUAUUUCUAGACACUUGUAUAAUCUAUGCCAUGCUGUUCUGGUGGCCCAACACCCUAUUUAGACAUUUUAUGUUGGUGUUUCCUUUUUUUUGGCAGAUACCUGUAUACAGGUUAUAAUGGUUAAACUAAGUAUUUUUAAGUAGGCCUACAUAUUCCCUUAUGUCUUUGGCACUCAAUGCCAUUCUGUACUCCAGACUAAAGAGACUUGGUUGUGGUAUUUAUGAUCCAAGAGAGACAUUUUGGUAUUCAUUUUAUAUUCCAUUUAAUUCCAGAUACAAGUGUCAUGGUCUUUACCUUUAUGUGUAAAGACUAAACUUUAUUAUAUAUUUUUGAUUCAAUCCUUUUUUACAAUGAGAAGUCAAUAUGUGUACUGUACAAUAAAUAUUUCAGAUAAACGAUUA